CUUUUAUGUUGUUGUUCUUUCCAUCAACAACAACAUUCAUCGGAACGUGUUCUUUUAGUCAACAUACAUAUCGCCGUGACAAGAAGAAGACAGUAUUGCACUCAUAUCUUGCACAUAAAAACACAUUUUUGACGGCAGGAACGAAACUCGUCGUCAUUUCUUAGACGUUCGUUGAUCUAGAUUGCCUGCUUUGCAUCAUUUGCCACAGCACUUGAAUUUGCAACCAUGGCAUCAGCUCAAACUGCUUCGGUCAACUUGAACCGUUCAUUGCCAUACGCAAACACUGAUCAAAAGAGACCUAAAUUACGCGUUGCCAUCGUGACAGAAAACUUUUUACCAAAAGUAGACGGUGUCACUCGUACUUUGGCUAGAUUGUUAGAACAUCUCAACGCAGAAGGUCAUGAAGCCAUCGUUUUUGGACCCGAAACGGGAAUCAGACAGUAUGCCGGUCAUGCUGUUGUAGGAACGUUUGGUGUUCCGUUGAUCGUUUAUCCGGGUUUAAAGUUGAAUUUUAUGCGUCCAAGAUUCGUUAGAAGGUUACAACAAUUCAAGCCUGAUGUGAUUCACUUUGUUGAUCCGAUUUGGUUAGGCGCUCAAAUGUUACCGGCCGUACAAAAAUGGUUACCUCACGUCCCUUGUGUCAGCUCUUAUCAUACAAAUUUACCAACAUAUGCAACGCUCUUUGGUAUGCCAUGGCUCGAGGAGACGAUGUGGAACCUUACACGCAGCUUGCAUGCCCGUUGCGAGAUGGUGUUUUGUCCAUCAGAAAGCACGCGAAGGAUGUUACGUGGAAAAGGAUUCGAAAAUGUAGAAAUUUGGAGUAGAGGUGUUGAUACAACAAUGUUUGGUCCUUCUGCCCGUGAUGAUAACCUACGUGCAAGUUGGGGAUGUACACCUAAUCCAGCCACAUUACAAAACACAAGCUUGAGCUCAAGUGAAGCAGAACAAUUGGCUUUGGUUCAAUUAGCUGCAAAAUUGGGCAUUCAAGUUUCUCGUGGUUCUUCAGCUAUGCAUCGUAGAAAAUCUCAAUUGACGAAUGGAAACAGUCCAGAUGAUGAAAGUUUCAUUCGUACGCCACCAACUGGACCUUCUCUUACUGGAUCGCCAGAGUUAAGUCCACCGCCAAGUUAUGAUAGCUUGUCUGGCGUACCUGAAUUGCCCGGUGCAGCAUUUGAACUUCCACCGCCUGCAUUGCCUACGAACAACAAAUCAUCCUCUCAAGUGGUCACUUCAACAAUCACAGCAAACACACAACAACAAACCAGCAAAACUGUCCUUCUAUAUGUUGGUCGUAUCUCGUGGGAGAAGAAUAUCAGACUCUUGAUUGAAGCUUUUAGAGUUUUACCCGCCCCAGUUCGCGCUAAUGCAAAAUUAGUCAUUGUAGGUGAUGGACCAGCGCGCGCAGAUCUUACUCGAUUAUGUCAAAAAUAUCAGCUCGAUGCCACCUUCAUGGGACAUCAAAAAGGACAAAGAUUAGCAUCAAUGUAUGCUUCAUCAAGCCUGUUCGCUUUUCCUUCGUUUACAGAGACGUUUGGCCAAGUCGUUCUAGAAGCUCUUGCGAGUGGAUUACCAGUCAUUGGAUUGCAUGCAGAAGGUACUUCUGAUUUGGUUUCUCACGGUACAACUGGUCUUUUACUCGAUGUCAAAGCAUCUUCCACGCCCUCCUCCCCAAGAAGUUCGCCUCAAAAGAACAGACUAGCAGCUUUGCGAGGUGAAAGCACAUUAACAAACAAGACAACAUCGGAUUUAUCUGGUUCAGAUACGACAAAUGGGUUGCCAACUCCAAUUCCUUCGGUUGGUGAAUUUGCCUUUGCAAUGCACCCAAACACACCAGCUUUCGAAUCUUGCACUAGAGAGUACAGUCUGUUACUCGAACGUCUGAUUCGAGAUCGUAACUUACGAACCGCGAUGGGACAACGUGCACAAAUUCAAGCUUCCAAAAAGACAUGGUGGGAUGCAAUGGAUGCCGUUGUUAGAGGAUACGAAAAGGUCAUUCAAGAAAGAGGAACUUCAAACCUUUCCGAUGAAGAAUUAGAAGCUUUGAGAAAAGAACAACAAAAAGUUGCUCCUCUUACAGGCCCGAUCGCUAAAUUGUGCGUGGUUGUUUAUUUGGCUUUGUUCGUUGCUCUUUGGUUAUCAAUGUUACGUGAUUAGACGCAUUUUAUACACAUUUUCUUAUUUAUUCUAUACCCUUUCUUUCCUUGUCUGCUCAAUCGUCACUUUUGCUGCUUUAUACUAUACACUUUCUAAGACUGUACCAUACUCUUUCAUAUUUCGGAGCAAUCAUGAAUAUCAUUAUGCU